AUGUCCAAGGAUAUCCGCAAUCCAUAUCCGCAAACUGCGGAUUUGGAUAUGAUUUCAUAUCCGCAAUCCGCAGCCUUGUGGAUUUGGAUAUGGGCCUCAUAUCCGUUGGAUAUUUGCGGAUAUCCAAUGGAUAUCAAACACAACAAAUGUGCCAAGACCCGUGACCUCGAGAGAUAUGCAUUAUUUUUAUGUUUUCUCCAGUAUUUUUUAUGUAACAACAUCGUCAUGCGGAUAUCCGCAGAAUAUCCACACCCCUUUUAA